AUGGCUGAUACAUACAUCAAUAUCGAUCCAGAUGGCGAUACGCUAAUAAUCCUGCCACUCGUCCAGCCAGCUAGUGAGACUGACGAUGCAGCAUGGGAAAGAUCGUCUCUUUUUAAUGAUAACAAUGAUAUGGACGGUCGCUCUUCUCAUUCCGAUGAAGAUGAAAUGCGCGGCAAUUCUUCUCUUAGUAGCGAUGAUGGUAUGGAAGAUGAGCCUUCUUUUCCCGAAUAUAUGCCUCCAGAGACGCUUUCAUGUUACGGCCAAGAAUCAUCGGAGAUAGCAUCAGUGAUAGCAUCAGUGAGCCAAGUUUUCCAAGAUAACACCAAAUCUAAAGAUACAUACUACUUUAAAGUCUCCAUGAAGCAACUCUCGCUGGCUUCUCCUCGUGCGAAACCUAUAUUGCUAGGGCCAUAUAGAGAGUCUAUACCGACAGCCGAUGGCCUCCGCCACUGGGAGUUUGAGCCCAUAUUCGAUCCAGAAGCUUUCAAGAUUGUGAUGAGCAUCCUCCAUGCACAGUUUCACAACGUCCUUGAUGAGGUAUCUUUAGAGAUGCUAUCAAAAAUUGCUGUUAUUGUUGAUGAUUUAAGUUGUCGAGAUUCUGUCCAUCAUUUCGCUAAACUUUGGCUUAAAGAGCUCGAUAGCGCAGCAGCUUCAUCUCACGAUGGUAUUUAUUAUGCCCGCAAAAUUUUUACGCUAUGGGUGUUCAGCCUGGAGGAAAGAUUUAGAAUUGAGACACACCAUGCGAUCAUGCACUCUCCUGAUAUUUUAUCGUCUUUCGGGUUACCAAUUCCGGUUCAAAUUUUGGAAUCAUUAAGCCAAAACCGCCUAUCUAUGCUACAGGAAAAACUAGAAAAGAUCCAGGUCCUUAUCAAGGGAGUCAUUAGCCAUGAUAGUCAAUGUUUGCUCUGCGCAUCAGCGGCAAUGGGGGCGCUCACCAUGAACAUGCACAGGCACAGGCUCACUUCAGAAGAUAUAGUGGCUCGGUCGGAUAACAUGUCUUCGACGAUUUUUCGCGAUACGUUAAUGAGUUUCACAUAUCCAAAAGCGGCUGCAUGUAAGGGCAAAGUAAAACCGCAUGUUAAUUUGGAGUACAUGGUAUCGUCCUGCACUCUCGAAUCUGAAUUUUGGGGACUGGAUUUGAAACAAUUACUUUAUCAAAACAUUAGUCGGAGAUUUUAA